AUGGUUUUUGAAUUUGUUGAACGAGGCAGCAUAUUGGAUGUGCCAACGGAUAAACCUUUAGAUGAGGAUAGCGCUUGGAAAUAUUUCAGGGAUACCUUACGGGGAUUGGAGUAUCGUAAUGUAGCAUUAGAAAAUCUUGAUUAUUCCCAAGACUUUGUUUUGCCCGUCUUAAAGGAAGCUAUCAAUCGCAUUUCAGUGCAUUAUCAAAAAAUCAUUCACCGUGACAUCAAGCCAUCUAAUCUGUUGUUGUCGGAUGCUGGUCAUGUGAAAAUAGCAGAUUUUGGUGUGUCAUGCGAAUUUGAGGGAAUUGAUGCAUUUCUGUCUGGUACUGCUGGAACUCCUGCAUUUAUGGCUCCUGAAGCGCUUACA